CUCUGGUCCCUGGAGAUUUAGAAUCGGAUCCCACUGCCCUUGAUUGCUUUCUUCAGUGGUGUUUUUGCUCCAUUCGAGGUUGGAACAGACUUGCCGGGACUGAUAACAGGCUGGUUUCAUCAGCAAUUAGGGGUGAGGGUAGAAGGGCCCCGCUAACCUUUGGUCUCUGUCUCCUUUGCCAGGUGAGCCCAGACGUGACCCAGAGGGAUCCAGGUGACAUCUUGGCAGACUGCUUGCCAUGACAUCCCACCAAGGACUGGGAGACUAAAGUGGGGUCCUUCCCCAUGCCCCUCCCUUGGUCUGCUCCCCGAUGGCCUGGGUGAGGGGAGACUGGCCGCUCUGACAUCAUGGGGAGCUGCUGCAGCUGCCUGAACAGAGACAGCGUCCCGGACAACCACCCCACCAAGUUCAAGGUGACAAACGUGGAUGAUGAGGGCGUGGAGCUGGGCUCCGGGGUGAUGGAGCUGACACAGGGCGAGCUGGUGCUGCACCUACAUCGGCGCGAGGCUGUGCGCUGGCCCUACCUCUGCCUGCGCCGCUACGGCUAUGACUCCAACCUCUUCUCCUUCGAGAGCGGCCGCCGGUGUCAGACGGGCCAGGGGAUAUUUGCGUUCAAGUGCUCUCGGGCCGAGGAGAUCUUCAAUCUCCUCCAGGACCUGAUGCAGUGUAACAGCAUCAACGUGAUGGAAGAGCCCGUUGUCACCACCCGCAACAGCCAUCCUGCAGAGCUCGACGCCUCCCGGGGCCCCCAGCCAUCUCACACUCUAGGUUACAGCGUGUCCAGCUUCCACAAUGGCUUCCCCAGCUGCCCUGGCGAGGGCCUGCGCUUCUCGGCCCCCCGGCGCCCCUCCACCAGCAGCCUGCGACACCCCUCCCUUGGGGAGGAGCCCACCCAUGCUCUCAUUGCCCCCGAUGAACAGUCGCACACCUAUGUCAACGCGCCCGCCAGCGAGGAGGAGCCCCGCAGGAGCCGCCACUGCCUGCAGCCGCUGCCCGAGGGCCGGGCACCCUUCCCCGCGCAGGCCCGAGGCCCCGAGCAGCUGCAGCGGGGGCCGCAGGUCUUCCUGCAGCCGGGCCGCGUGAAGUUCGUGCUGGGCCCCACGCCUUCGCGGCGGCACCUGCUGAAGUGCCAGGGCCUGGGCCCCGGCCUGCACGACCCGCCCCACCACAACAACAACGAGGGCCCCGCCGAGUGCCCCGCGCAGCCCAAGUGCACCUACGAGAACCUCGGCGGGGGGCCGCGGCCCGGGCCCGGCUGGAGACUGCGCCCGGAGGAGCCGGGCUGGCCCGGGCUGGCCCAGCGCCGGGCGGCCCUGCUGCACUACGAGAACCUGCCCUCGCUGCCGCCCGUGUGGGAGAGCCACGGGCAGCUGCUGGGGGACGAGGCCGGGGACGAUGGGGACUCGAGGGACGGGCUCACGCCCUCCUCCAACGGCUUCCCCGAGGGCGAGGAGGACGAGACCCCCCUGCAGAAGCCCCCCAGCACCCGGGCGCCCGCCCGCAGCCACAGCAGCUUCCCCGCGCCCCUGGCCCGCCGCCGCGGCUCCCCGCGGGUCUUCAACUUCGACUUCCGCCGGCGGCCGGGCGCUGAGCCCCCCAGGCAGCUCAACUACAUCCAGGUGGAGCUGAAGGGGUGGGGCGGAGACCGCGCCAGGGGGCCGCUGGUCCUGGCAGUGUGGGGUCUGCCUGCAGGUCCCCGGGGGUGA